AUGUCUAGUGACUACGACAUGCCUUCGUUCCGGUCGCUCGCAAGUGCUGCCUCCCGCUCUAUCAAAGGUUACGUCGUGUCGCGUGAAUCCAAACGACCAGCCUUGGUUGUUCAGGGGACCGGAGGCGAGAAUGGGACUAGGCAGUCGUGGAGUCAAUGGGCUGGGCAGAAACUCAAACAAGUCCAGGGAGGUGCGUCGGGCACAGAGUCGCUGGUUUUGUUCCCCGGAUGGGCCACCAGGAGGUUUCACGAGGCACCCGAAACGAAGAUUAGUCUAGAAGAGGCACCCUUCGAUGUCGAAGUCUUCAUGUCAGGUUUCGCGUCUAAGUCAAGCGGGGCUGGUUUCAACACACGCUCAGGAAGAGCAUUCCUCAAGAUUGCCACCACAUUCGCUGCCUUGCCGAAGCUGGCCGCUCAAUUAACGACGAACAGCCCACCGCCCAUAUCAAGAAAUGUAAGCAGGUCGACGGAAGACCUGCUCAAGGAUGUACAUCUUCCUGCUCCGCCAGAUGAGAUGGACGAAAACGCAGAAGCGGAAGAACUAGAGCGACGACUACGUGAUCUUGACAUCGAGACGGCCAGCACCGCCUCGAUGGCCACGGACGCCUCCUCGCUCUCCUAUCCUUCGUCUGUCUCAUCAACCUCGUCGGGCUAUGGCACUCCGCGUGCGGAUACCAGGGGCCCUGUGAGCGCCGCGGCGGCGGAGCUCAUGCAAAAAUGGAACACGAACCUGCAAGCACGGUUGCACCCUUUCUGGUGCUCCGUCCUUCCUGCACGGACCGUUCGCAUUUCGAUAUUCGCCACUGACCCAUCCUUAGAAGAAUUUCGUGACAAGGUCGCGGAUGAUCAGCCACGUCGACCUUUGGCUACACAAGACGUUGUGACAGGGCCAGACGGCGCGUUCCAGGUGGCGUUCCGCGUCCCGUGGAAGGCUCUGUGUACACACCCGCAAGGAGUCCAGAUUGCGUCCAGCGAUAGACAGCGAGAGCACGACCUGAUCGUCACUGCCGACUUGAUGCCGCCGCCUUCGCCUCGCACACCGACCGCCACAGCAUUCCCGCAGCAGCCGUUGCAAGGGGUGGAUGAAGCGGAUUCGACCGUCACGGCACUUCUGUCGGUGCCUCUCACGUACACGACUGUUCGUGUCAUUUCCGAUAUCGAUGACACCGUGAAACUUGCCAUCUUCCAGAACGUCUUUGUCAAGGACCUCGACGAGAGCAUCAUACCCGGAAUGGCGGAGUGGUACAUGAACAUGUGGACACGCGGCGUCCGCUUUCAUUAUGUGGUCGGUGCCUUAAUUCACUGGACACUGUGCCGGCUGCCUCCUGGCUCCAUUAAGCUCCGGUCUUAUGCGGGCCGUUCGCUCUUCAGUGGACUUCUCUCCGCACCCGCGGCCCGGAAACGAGCCAGCGUCCUUGACGUAGUCAAUAGCUUCCCUGACGCCCGCUUCGUAUGCGUCGGUGACUCCGGCGAGCAAGACCUUGAGCUAUACGCGAGCAUCGCGAAGGAGAAGCCGGCACAGGUCCUAGCGAUAUUUAUCCGCGAUGUGAGUGCCGACAGCGGACUGCCGCCCCUCGACGACCCAACGGGUGUCAGGGUAUUGCGGAUGGAGAAGGACCCACAACAAGGCAAUCGCCCUGUGCCGGUGGCGAUCUCCAGGCGACCCAGUUCGAGGAAGGGCUUCGCGGCUGGUGGUCCCACUGGCAUGGCGCGGUCGAUAUCUGGCAUGGACGUACCUGUCCAUGAGCCAGCGCGGAAGCCAGCAAGAAUGCACUCCGACAACGAAUUACUCCCCGGCCAUCACGAGCCUGUUGGCUACUUCACAUCGACUUCUCCGACGACGUCCCCGCUGACAGAGGAACCCGAGGACUAUUUCAGGUCGACUCAUUCCUCGCCCCAGUUGCGCACAGGGCAGGACGCGUCAUCAGUACCGUCAACACCUCCUGGAUCUCGACAGACAUUGUCGGAACCCGAGCGGCGGCGGCUGGACUAUCAAAGUCGUGUAUGGCGAGCUAGGCUGGAAGCACCGGAACAUAUACCCUUGCGGAUUUUCCGCAGACCUGAUGAAUGUAUGGAGGCGCACAUUAUACUCGAGGGACUACUAGGACGACGGGAAGAGAAUAACUUAAUGGACUGA